AUGAAGAGAUUAUUGAAAAUUGUAAAGUGGGUUCCAAAUAAUGUUCAUGAAAGUAUUUAUCCACUGAUUUUCAUAAACUGGCUGUCAAUAUUUGGCUUCAGUGGAUAUCCCUUAGGCGGUACGAAAUAUAAUAAAUUCCGUUCCAUUCCGGGGAUAAUACUUUUUGGUAUUCUUUGUUGGACGAUUUGUAAGAUUUUUCACGAAUAUGUACAGAAAACCCCAUUUGCGUAUGCUGUCGAAGGAGUAUUUAUCACGGACACAAUAAUAAUAUUUGCUGCUCACAUAAACGGUUGGAUUAACUUUAAGGUACCUUAAAGUUAA